CAAUGCCUUGCUUCGUCACACAAGAUCUUCGAAUACCGACGAAGUUACAUCGAUCGGAAAAGAUCUGAGCCAGUCUUCUCACACUUCAUUUUCGUUCGAUGACAAUCUUGCGGCACACAUUUAUUGGUUUUGUACCCGUCGACCUUUCUGCAACGUAAUUACCCUUGGUACGUAAUGUCGCAAUUGGUGUGCAUUAACGAUUAUGAAAACUACGCGUUGAAGAAUCUGCCACGGAAUGCUUGUGACUAUUAUAAAAGUGGCGCCGGAGAUGAGCAAACUUUAAACCUCAAUAGAAAUGCUUUCAAAGCAUAUCGCGUCAGACCAAGAGUCCUGAGGGAUGUUUCGAAUCGUGAUCUUUGCACCACAGUUCUCGGCAUGAAGAUUUCUAUGCCACUUGGAAUUUCGCCAACCGCGAUGCAAAGAAUGGCCCAUCCCGAUGGCGAAUGUGCGUCUGCAAAGGCUGCUGGUGCUGCUGGAACAAUCUUCAUCCUUUCCACACUUUCAACGAGUAGCAUCGAAGAAGUCGCUAAAGCUGCACCUAAUACAAUCAAGUGGUUCCAGUUGUACGUCUAUAAUGAUCGAAACGUCACUCAGCAAUUGAUUCAACGAGCGGAGAAGGCAGGCUUUAAAGCUCUUGUUGUCACUGUCGAUACUCCGGUUUUGGGCAACAGACAUGAAGACGUUAGAAAUAAAUUUUCCCUUCCUAAUCACUUGAGAUUAGCCAAUCUGGAGGGUGUUUUAUCUAACCAAAUUCAGAAAGCAGUAAAAUCUUCAGCCCUAACCGAAUAUGUUGCGACUAUGCUAGAUGAAACUCUCAACUGGCAGGGCAUCGCGUGGCUUAAGAGCAUUACGAAACUCCCCAUCAUACUAAAAGGUAUACUUACGGCUGAAGACGCUAUUUUAGCUGUACAACACGGAGCUUCUGCAAUUUUAGUCUCGAAUCAUGGUGGUCGUCAAGUGGAUAGAUGCCCUUCUACGAUCGAAGCUUUGCCUGAAAUCGUGAAGGCUGUAGGUGAUAAAGUGGAAAUUUACUUGGACGGCGGUGUUAGGCAAGGUAUUGAUGUAUUCAUGGCCUUAGCCAUUGGAGCUCGUAUGGUAUUUUUUGGGAGACCCGUACUGUGGGGCUUAACUCAUGACGGGGAGAAAGGUGUCACAAAAGUUCUUCAGAUAAUGAGAGAAGAAAUUAGUCUCGCAUUUGCUUUAACUGGGUGCAAGUCUUUAAGAGAUAUCACAAGAGAUAUGAUAAUUCAUGAAUCAUAUUAUCAUCGACUCUAACGAAUCUACAGUAGGCUUGGUAUUAUCGUUGUUAUUACAAAAUUUCCCGAAUUUCUCAUGGAAAUACUUUAAUUUUCUCCUUUUUUUUCAAUAAAUAGGAACAUUUUGCGAAAAAAAUGGAAUUUUUCCGAAUGUUCUUGAAUCGCA